AAGUAUGUGAAAAAAGAAAAGUAUGAGUUUGCUUAAAGUUGUUGAGCUGCGAGCACCCGGUAUUUCAUUAUACCGUUACUCUGCAUACGCACAUUGUAUGUAUCCACCAACCCUCAGCAAUCGUCACUUGUCGUUAAACUCCUGGCAGAUACUAUUAUUCAGUUGCAUCCGGACUAGCAAAUAGUGCAAAACUACUUUCUUCCCAUUUAAAAAGUGUCGCAAGAAGAACUAUAGAAGCAAAAAAAAAAAAAAAUAAAAAAAAUAAAUUCCUUUUGCAAGCAAUUAAAUCAAAAAAAAAAGAAAAGAAGAAGUAGUUUGUCCAUUAGAAAUGUAAUAAAAUCAAGUGAUAAAUAAAUCCAAGUGAAGAUAAACAAACCAAGAAUAUUGUCGUUUAAAUGAAAAUUAAGUAAAAAGAAAUUGAAAUGGAAUUAGCAGCAGAUGGAGGCCAAACCCUUUUCUUGUAUGAACGUUCAGCAAUUAUCGUUAUGACUUGUUAACCUAUCGCGGUGGAUAAUGAUUAAAUGAAUGACAUAAAUGAAUACAAUUGAUGACCAGGUUUCAGUAGUUGUUAAGAUGCAUUCAACGACUAAUAAUAAUCACGUAAAUAAUAACGAGGAUUACGAUAUUGAUCAAGAUGGAAUGCAGGAUUUGGGUUUGCCGGUUUCAGUGCAAACAUUUCUUUGGCGUCAAAUCGCACCAUUCAUAAGACCCAAAUUGGGUAAAUUGCAUGAAGCCAGUUGCAUGUUUUGUCAACAUGCACCGGGACACCAUGAAUCAAAAGAGGCAUGCAAGUCAUUUGAAAAAGUUCUUGUGCAAAAUAUUCAGUUUGGUUUGUCGCCGCCAUUGACCAAGGCAUUGGGGGCCAUACCCAGAUGGCGUUUAUUGCAAGCGGCUCUCCCACAUGUUAUGCAUUGCGUAGCAGCUUUAUUACAUAAUCGUGUCAAAGAUAUGCAAGCUAUCGGAGCUGUAGAAACGAAACUGUUAUAUACAAUGCAAUGGAUUUUAUUGUACGCUGCUGAAGAAUGCGUUGAUGAUGAAGUGGGCUCCACCGACGAGAUACUCUCCGACGGUGGUGAGAAUAAGACAAAGUCCAUUGAGCAGUACUUAUUUUCAAUACCCACAAUAACGCUAUUCGUUUAUCUAUUUGCUCCGAUUAUCCACCAUUUGAAAGAAUCGGAUUUUCAGAAUUUCCGCUUAGAGAACGGCAUAAAAUUAUGGCAAGGUAUGUGGGAUAAUCGUGCGCCCGGCGCACCGUGUUUUACAGCUCCGGUUAAGCCAAAAGCCAGAAAUCUUUUAUGUGCUCCUACACCCAAAGGAUCAACUGAUAUUUAUUCAGGCCGCAAACAUUCUUUAGACGCUGAUGCUAUGUCACCCGGUUCACCUCAAAGUGGUGGUUCAGAGCAAACAAUCCGUCAGGACGAAGAAAGCUCAUGGAUUUCAUCACCUAAGGAGUUCGCGUUCCCUGAAACCAUACCAGAAGAAGCGUCGAGCGUUGAAGAUGAACGAGUUGUAAUUUUCCGUUUGCCCUCGGCUUCCCAUUUAAUGGAUAACUCAUUUUUUACGGCGGAUGCUAGUCUAUUGCAGCAACAACAACCACAAAGUCGUCGCGGUAGUCGGCAGUCAGUGCAUUCCCGUGAUAAAGACAAACCGGCAACGAAAUUUGAAUUCGAGCAACAGGAGUUGAUGCGUGGAGCUUCCCUUAAAGAGAAAAGAAGUGCUUCUAUGGACAAAGAAAGCGAUUCAAACGGAUCGUCUAGUUAUAAGGCUGAUAUAUCAGCAGCCACUUUCUUAGAUGUGGCCGUGAUGCGAUGUCUUUUCAUUUCGCAUUGGCAAGAGGAGGGAAUUUUCUGGAGUCUCCAAUACUUAUACAAUCGAUUAAGUGAAAUAGGUGAGGAAGCUGCUAUAACAAUAAAUCAGCCACGAAAGCGUUCCAAUUCGUUACCAAUACCCCAGAUUGAAAUCUCAUUAUAUCAGGGGCCUGGCAGCAAUAAUCGCGAUAGUCCUGGCAGUUCUAUUACUAAGAAUUUUAUUGAAAUACCUGAAGCUCCAACAACAAUUGGUACCACGGAUGAAGGGAGUCCGACUGCAGAGCGUCGCGGUAGCGAGAAAAAGAAACGCGUUAAAAUGUCGGAUUUGCGAGCGUUUGUCGAGACAAAAAUGUUCUCCAAAUCGGAAAAGAAUUUGGAAAAAAUAGGCCUAGAUACAGGUUCCGCCAAUGGCAAGAUAUCACUGCAGCAUGCAGAAUAUCAUCGCAGUUUGGACACUGGUGAAAAGAAAUUGUCACGUUCAGCUUCCAUGAUAUCACGUGAACCCGCUAGUAAUCUUAUCAAAGGCAAAUCAAUGCCCAGUUUAAGCUGUCUUCUCGAUAGCGGAUUUUACAGAUAUGUGGAGCCUGCGAAAGCUAUGAGACCAUUGCAAAUAUGCAGCCAACGUACAACUUUCUAUCCACGCAAUCCUAUCAUAACGGUUACAGAACAUACACCGACACCGUCGCCAGAUUACUUGAAGCGACAGGGCUCUAUUGAUUCGCAGUUGGACGCUUUAAGCAAUGGUGGAAGUAUUGGAGGUGGCGUCACUGGCAACGGCGCAAAUGGAAGUACAACGGUUGUUCCGGGCAGCGGGAGUAUCGGCUCACGCUUUAAGAGUCAUAUGCUUCGCUCUCACACAGAUUCCCAUAUCGAUUACACUGGUGUGGACGAGUCGGAAGCACCAGGAUCGUCAUUUUACAUUACACCGGAAGGAGGCCUUGACUAUGAGAUUAUCCUGCUGGCCGUUUAUAAUGUUUUUAAACGAGACCAGACCGUAGUCUCCCUAAGAGUUUUGGAAGCCGGUCUAAAUAUAUGCGAACUUUUGCUAGAGAUAGGUGUUCUUAAGCUGGGCGAACAUGCACACGAAAUAUCUAUGGGCAUCAUAAAAAGAGCUCUACUUCUCUUGGGUUGCCCACAUGGGUGCAAGGAUGGCGUACGUGGGCCUCCUGCCGAUUUCUUAAGAAAUCAGUGUCAAAAGAUUCUAUCGCGUCUUUUACGUCAUGCCGUUCAGCGUACGAAACGACACUUACAACAAAUGGUACAAACAGCUCCCUUACAAGAAUUGGUUGAUUUCUUGCACGGCUUUUGUGCUUUCUGUGUAGACCCAAGCUCAUUGCUAUCGCCACUAACACAUAAGCGCACGAGUGGCUUUAAAAAUCCUAACACCGAUCUUGGCAAUGGUGUAUCCUCAUCAGGCGGCCAGGGUGGUUAUUCAACCAAUUUUGGAGGCGGUCUUAGUGGUGGCCCGGAACCGCAACUUAUAGAAGCCAUGUUUAAACCUUUGGUCACACGCUUCGUGGACGCGGCCAAGGAUUUCAAAACUAUUGAGAAUGCUCAUCUUUAUAGCGACAUACGCCAAUUGGUUACUUAUGUUAAAGGCGCCCAUGGGGGACCAUUUCGUUUGGUUGCGUUAAGUGGAAUAUUAGCAGUUACUCCUAGACCGCACAAAAAAGGACCGAUUGCCCAAACCACCAGGGUUAUAAGACACAUACCUCAAGCUGAAGUUGCUCAGAGUGUUCAAAACGAUGAUAAUCGUUCCCAAAGACGUAUAUUGUUAAAAAAGCGCAGUACUUCGUCAGCUUGUGCUGUAAGCUUACUUGAAACCGAGCCUGGAGACGAACAUUACAAAUCCAGCCAAUCACCUUUGAGUAAUUUUCGUAGGCGUACCACAGCAGUAAGGCCAACCCUCACACCCCGACAUAGUGAAAGAGCUUUGCUGUCCGAUUCAACUUCAAGCUCGGAGAGAAAUUCUUUGGGGCGUCUUAGCGGUUUGGUGCGUUGGUUUAAAGGAGCGCCGAAGGAAUCAUCUUCUAUUGAUUUAGAAAUUGGUUCACUUAAUCCAGAAAUUAGUUCGACUUUCGUUCGGCAUGCUUCAUUGAAAAUACAGCGGGGACGUUCGAGCGAUGGUAUUGGGAGAUCAAUACAGCGCGCAAAGCGUAGGGUAGAGAGACGUUUAAACCGUUUCGGCGGCAUAGUUAAAGGUAAAAAAAAAUCGGGUGGCAUAGAAGAGACUGCAGACUAUAGUCGACGCAGUUCUUCGGAUAUGUGCGAUGGCCCUCGAGAAUCUGAAGUAGUGGUCUUGAAAGAAAGGAAACUAAUUCCUCUUGAACCAGUGCGAAUAGGCAUGCUUCGUUUGUCCUUCUUGCUCGAAACCGUUGCCCCUGGAUCAUUCCCCGAUCCACAAUUGGUAGCUGCUGUUCUGGACUUGCCCCAAGCCCCUUUGGUCGCCCGAGCCAGCUUUCUUUUAGAAUGUGCUCAUUUUGUUCAUCUUUGCAACAAAGGACAAUGGCCGGUAUGGAUGAAGCAGAACGCUAGCACAUAUAGGCCGUCUGGCGCUAAUAUAAGCGCCAAUCAAAUGAAACACCAAAUUAGCAGUACCAGUACUAGAAGGCAGCAUAUAUUGCAAAGAGCCGCAGGCAAAAUGUUUCAUCAGUGGGCCGAAAUGUUAGGUGCCCGUCUAGAGGAAAUACUUUUCGCUGAGCGUUUACAAUACGAAACAAUGAGUGCCGCUCUAAGCGAUCCUGAAAAGCAACGUGAACUCUUGCAACAGGACGAAGAAGAAGACUUUUUAGAUGAAUCCUCGGUUAAUCCACAUGGUAACGACUGUCCCCAUGCUUUGAAAUUAAUAGCUUGCAUUCUGCUCUUUGAAAUCACCACUUACUUAAGAGAUGUUUAUGUCCACUUGCCAAAAACAUCAAAGCUUUUGCAUAAGGAGAAGCCGGCACCCUGGGAGAAAGUAUAUCGCGAAGCAAAUCGUCGCUGGUCUAUGGCUUUAAGUUCAAUGGGUCAUUCGCAAACAUCAGCCCAAAGUCUGCAAUCCAUUGCUGCCGGUAACGAAGCCGGAGGAGGACAACCAGAACGUAAAAUUUCAUUUGUUUUACACGAACCAGAUAAUGAAUCGGAAAACAGUAGUAAUACUACGUUAACUAAAGAAGGUGAAGAAGAAAGGCUAAAAGCUCGUCGACCAACCGCUUCGGCUGUAAGACCCUUCUUACUGCGCCGCGGUACAGCUACCACUACAGGUGGUUCAUUUAAAAGACGAUCUUUAAAACUACGACGUAAUACCAAAGACAGUAAAGAUAUGGAAGCUGAUUUUAAGCGAGUGGAUUCCAUACAAUCGAGACGAAAAGUUUCUUCCCUUUCAGAUCGUAGUGAUACUUCGGAGCAAGGUGUUGCUAGCGGAGGAGAAGAUGAGCAUGGCUCGCCUGGUAUACUGAGCGAUGAUCAACAGCCUGAAUCUCCGACCGAUUCAAACGAAACAGACGAUACGGCGAAGAAUAUGCCUUGGCUAAAAGCAAUUAUCGGUCUCAUUACUAGUUACAAUUAUUACUGCGGUCAUAAGGGCUUUUGUCAUCCGUAUUGUCACAAACGUCACAUGAGAGCCUGUACACGCUUGAUAAAAGCAACACGUAAGAUUUACGGGGAAGAUUUUGGUUUCACAUUUGACUCGGAUCAUCCUACUCUGGAACCGAACACCGUCUUUUCAACCAAAAAUCAGCAGACUCGGAUGCGAUCGGGACGAAAAGUGUCGGAGCAAAGUUCCACACAGACGUCACCUUCAAAACGAAAAGACAGUCUCACUCGUAAAGACCGUAUUAGCGAUGACGCCGAUAUGGAGAUAGCUGACAAGUUCGCCAAAGCUUUUCGCAAAGAAAUAGACAAAAAAGAUCAAGAGGAGAUGCCCAUAUUGAAGUUCAUACGAUUUCAUGUUCGCUCAUUAUUCCAUUUUCCAUUUGCUACUAUGUUAAAAGGAGCCGUGAUACUGACGGAAGAAAUGAUUAUUGAAGCUAUGCCGGCAGCUUGGGAACUACUCUUGGAAACUAAUCAAGACGCAGCCACAACAAGUGCAGCCGUCUUCCUAAUGGGUUCCGUUAAAGCUCAGAAUUUCGCCUUUGAUAUAAUGCAAAGAGCUCUGAAAAAUAAAGAUCCAGACAUAAGAAUAGGAGCCAUACAAAGAUAUUUGGUUUUAUGGAAAAAUCGUUUUCACUUUUGGCCCCGUUUAGAAGGAAACGCCCAUGAUGUUACUUUCAAGGUACCUCCAGGUGGCAUCGAAUUUACUUUACCCUCUCCUAAAAUUGGUAUAGAAUCACUGCCUGUAGUAGACCCGCCGUGGAUGCCUGAAAAACAAAUUAAAGACAUGGAUGUGACACUCAAUCAAGAUCGUCAUGUUGGGUACAAAGUCACGGCCACGAAAAGUCGAAAGAUGCAACAAACCGAAGCCAUACGUAACGCCCUGCGUCAGCAACGAGACAAGCAACGCGCCGAACGUCAUAGUUUUUUUAUUACGACUAUUCCGGUAAAUCAACAAGCAUCUCAUGAACCGGGUAUGGAACAUGAAGAUCACGAAGCUGAAGAAGAAAUCGAUGGCGGGCGUGCAUCAUCGCAUUUGCAUUACGCUCAUUCACUGUUUCCUUCUGUUUUGUGCUCGUCAGUGAUGCAAAUUGUAGGCUGUCUAGACGAUGCUGCUAUUGGAUCCGAUGGUAACGCAGUGUAUGAAGUAGCAUACCAGGUUAUUUGGGUUUGUUUGGUUGAAGAAUCAGCCUUGUUCCUGCGUUACGUAUUUGAGCGGCUAACACGUGACCGUCAAGAUCAAAUGUUUAAAUUAUUACGCCACCUAAUACGAUUCGUCCCUCGAUUACCGCAACAAGCCGCCUUCGCUUUAUAUAAUUCAAUCAUUGGCUAUAUUAUGUUUUAUGUGCGUUCUUCAAACGAGCUAAAACAAGAGCUAGUUGGUUCAGCUCUCUCUGUGUUAUGGAUGGUAGUGCACAGUGUUCACGGUAUUAUGUUUAAGGAUUUAAAACAAAUCUUGCGCAAAGAACAGUGCGAUGCUUCCAUAUUAUUAACAGCUAAUGUGCCAGCGGCUAAAAAAAUAGUUGUCCACGGGCCAUUUGAUGAUGACUGUAACAUACCUUCGCAAUUCCCCGUACAAGAAGAUACGUUAUUUUUGCAAUUACUAAAAGAAUCUCUGGACUAUUAUUCGGUCGAAGAGAAGAAUAUCAAUAACUAUUGCUUGAUAGAUUACAAAAGUAAUAAAAUUUUAAAUCCCAAUUGGUACAUUAGAGAUUUAUACUUCUUUAAACGUUCACAAUAUCCAGAAGUGCGUCUGAUAUUGAUGAAACCAGAGGAGUCAUUUCUGGCUUUACAAAAACAAGAGUUAACAAAGAAAUUUGUAGAAAUCGGCAAAGUGCACUUAACUUGGGCCAUUCUGAAAAACGUCGACAUGGUGGUACAACGAGUUGUUUUCUUGCAUGAGGAGCUAAUGAAAUUGCCAUCUUUCCCGCGGAAAGCGUUGGAAGUAGAUUUAGAUUUGCAUCAAGGUGGCGAAUACGGAAAAGUUCUACUAGGCUUAGAUGUUUUGCAUAAGUUCAUGUGGGUGCGAUUAAUAGCCCGCAUGUUCGAGGCGAUGGCAGGCAAUUUUGCCUAUUCAGCUGAUAUACAACUAUUCCUAAAUGUAUUGUCUGGUGCAGCCUUCUUGCAUGCCGAAGAUUCUUGCAUAAUGCGUUAUGUCAUGGCCACGUACAUUAACGCUGCUUUCAAUUUUAAAAAUAUAUUCUCCACCAAUGGUUAUUUUAUGAUUAUGCCAACAUUAUUACAAAUUUACUCUUUAUAUCAGACCAAUAAGCUAAUCACUACCACGAUCGAGUACGCGGUGAAACAGUUCUAUUUAUUGAAUCGCAAGCCAUUCAUCUUGCAAAUGUUUGGUUCAGUGUCUGCAAUUCUGGACACCGACGAAGAAGGUACAUAUGGGGAGGCUCACAAGGUACAAUCCAGCUGCCUUUUUAAUUUACUCCUUAGCCUGGAAGACCCAUCACCUGACCCCUUAAAUAUCGCGGAAUUAGUAAAGGAACCGAAGCCAUUGAAGGCUAUUGAUUUUUGUUAUCACGACGAAGAUGGUGAUGUUACAGUACUUGAUUGCAUAACACUUUGUGUGAUGGUAGUUUCUUACUCGGCCGAAAGCAACAGAGGCUAUCAGAUGCUGAUUAUUUUAGAAGCUAUUUUACCAUGUUACUUGCAACAAAUUCAAUCACCAAGCUAUAUACCUUUGCAAGGUAAAUCGGAAAGGGACAUCAUUUUACAACUUGCCGUUGCCGUUCGAACUAUGGUUCAUAAUUGCGAAGGCCUAGCAAAAAGUUAUAAUGGCCCCUAUCGCAACAGCCCAGAACAUAAAGGUUCUUCGCAGCGAAACUGUAGCAGAGGUCCCCCGUGUUCACCAGGUCUGGACUUUGAAGACGAAUCCCAUUCAAAGUACGCCGCCGACCCACGCGCCAAAAAUGUCAUGGAUUCGGGAGAAGAUUCCGAAAUGAUACGCACAGAAUAUCGAAGACCCAGAGAUGUUCUGUUGUCUGUAGUAGGCGACUUUUUAAGCAAGUCCACCACUCGAUUGCUAGAGCUUGCCAAAAAGUUACCAAACGACACGAAACUAACCGAGGUAUUAGACGCCAAAUGCCACAUACGCUUAGCAGAAAUUGCCCACUCUUUACUUAAGGUAUCGCCCUAUGAUCCUGAAUCCAUGGCUUGUCGUGGUCUACAACGUUACAUGCAAGCGAUUUUACCCAGGGCAGAAUGGUCAAAUGAUGCUUUGCGAAACGCUUUGGUUACCAUACUAAGACGGAUAGACAAAGUCUUCCUGAAAAUUUCUAAGAAACCUUCCAUUCGUCGCAAUACUGAUUGGGAAGCGGCUGCUGGCCUCUUGAAAGGAAUACACGAAACUAUAGUAAAGCACCCGUACAUCUUGCAUUGGCAGCAAAUGAAAACCUUGAUAAGUACAGUGCAGAACCUUAUUGUGAAUGAACCCGGGUCGUCUGCACCCGAGGGUGUAUCAAGCGCAGGUGCAGCUCUUAUGUCUCAGAAUCCGCCAGCCUUCUUUUGUUCGACGGUAGUGCGUUUGGUUGCCCUCCAGGUGGUUAGCCCAGUAGAUUGUUUUUCCCUUGUGCAAAUAUGUGGUGGCAGUGCAGAAUUUGCAACGCAAGAGAAGGCCGAAGGAUAUCUAAUGCAUUUGAUUAUGCCGCUGUGCUUGAAAGUGUGCUCGGGUCGGGGUGUCUCAGAAGUAGGGGAAUUAAAAAUGAGCGAUGUUACAUAUUUACUUAACGCCGUAUUAAAUGCCAUGAGCCCUCCUGCGGGUAGAACUGGACAAGCCGUAGCCCAAAUUAAUCGCGUAGGCGGUGAUUUGCGCGCAGGCUCCUUAACUUUCACAGGUAGCAGGGAUGCCAAAAGACCAGCACGAAUAGCUGGAUCCCUGUAUCAAGCUGCCUUUUUGGCCUUACGGAUUGUUUGCAUUUGUUUUGAAAAUCGCUUAUCAGCGGAGUGGCCUCGCAUUGUUAGAGUAAUGCGCGAUUUGGGCCGUAGAAACGAAGCCGCUCCGGAUUUAUGGAGUUUCUUAGAGUUUGUAGUCACCCACAGGACUCCGCUUUAUAUUGUGUUGCUACCGUUUAUACUACAUAAGAUAUCGCAGCCGCCAAUUGGCGACCAUGAACGUCAUAUGCAGUUUAUAAUACGAGAGCGGUUAAGAGGCACACCUCCGCAAGGCGGUAUAAAAUCCAAAGGUGCUUUGCUUUUGGAGCUAGCUAGAGAGUUGCGCGAUUUAAGAGAGGAACUAGAAGAAAAACGUUAUGAUCGCGAAAGUUCCGAUCAAAAAAAAGCAGACACUGCGCCUGUUUCUACAACCACAGAGGGUCAUAAUAAAUCUCAACAGAGACCAUCUCUUAUUUCAAUUUUUACUGGCACUACAACUGGGCAAGCUACACAUUCACAUGUAUCAGUGCCUGUUGACUCACGUAGCGGCUCUGGUGGAAUGUACACUCCGAGCGAUACACUUUCUCAACAAACUCUACAUCCACCUAGAGAAUCAUUAUCAAGUAGUUCCACAGGAAGAGACGCACACACGACUACCAGUGAAAGUCAGAGUGGCGAGCAAACUGCUGCCUCUGCGCCCACACUUAUUGGCCACAAUGUUACAGGUGGCACCUCUGGAUCUACGUGUAUAGCUUCGAGUCAAGGCACCAGUGCGGCAACCAUAGCCACGGCGCAACCUGCCGGCCAAAUAGCGCAACUAUCGCAUUCGCAGAGUUUACAACAAGCGCCAUUUAAAGCUCAACCUCCUAAGCUGCGAUUCGUUUCCUCUGUAGAGUUUCGACAUUCUUCGGGCGAAACAUCCACAACACCUCUUUCACCUGAGAGCCCUGCCGAAGACAGUUCUGGUGAUCAUACACGUUCACGUUUACAAAGAUCCAAGGCUGCUAGUCGCAAAACGUUUCGUAUGAAACGUAACCGUCUAACCCCUAUGGAAACUCCUAACAUUGUAGCAUCGCAGGAAGAGCAUCCGAAAACCAUUGGCGAAAUUUCUUGGGAUUCUGUUUCCCAAACAUCAUCAACAUCGGGUUAUCGUGACACGAAUAGCUUACAAACUGGUUUAUUGUCUCCUGACGGUUCUUUAGGUGGUAUGGGACGUUCACCGUCGCAGCAUUCUUUAUUAAUGGUUUACGAAGGUCAAGACGAGGAUACACUCAUUUAACAAUUACAGUAUGAUUCUUAAAUGUUACCAUAAUUAUUUCCUAUUCAAUUGCGGAAAGCAGGCCAGGAUAUUUUUGAAACAUAACCAUUUCACGAUUUUAAAUGUUUAUACCCACCGCCUAAAAGUUAGAACUGAUUCUGUUCCUUUCGAAGAAUCGAGAAACUCGAAAUAUAAAUUAAAAAGAUCGUAGUUUGGUGCACAUCCCCCAGCAAAAUUAUCAAAUAUUUGAUGUUGUAUCGGUUAAGAAUGUCGUAGAAAGCCGAAGCAAAUAUACUUUUUUUUUCCAUUGAUUGCGAAUUUGGGAAGGACAGUUUGGGUGAAUUGCAGCAAAAAACCAGAAAAUCAGGCUCUGGUAGUUCUUAAGCGAUAAAUAUGUACCGAUAGUUAGUUACUGUCGAUCCUUCUGCAUUUAAAAAGUAGAUACUUGACUGAGUCUGCAGUAUUGCAUCCAUCACAGAUAUUUUUUUUUUUUUUUUUGGUAUGUUGAACAGAGAUGGAUUAACCCAAUCCAUCACAGAUAUCAAAUAGAAUUUCCUCGAUCAUUUUUAAGUAGAGGUUAUCAUAUGUGUGAUUGGUCAUAAGUGUGUUGAGUGUUUUACUUUCCCAUGUUGUAAAUUUGUCAUCCGACAGAGGCUGAAAGGUCAGGAAAAGUUGGAUAUUAUAAAAAAAGACGACCAUUUUUUUCCUGAGCGAUUUCAUGAUACUCAUCCUUCCAUUCUUGAAUAAUGUUUUUCCGAAUUAGACAGAGAGCAUCACUGGAAAGAUACUUGAUGAAAAGGAUUGUACCAUCAAACUGAGUCUCGCAGUGAGCUUGUAACCAGAUCAAAUGACAUUCUUCAAACAAUGGAUCAUUUAAAAUAUCGCUCAUUUUGAAAACAUACAUACUAUACAGAUAUUUGUUUUUGAUUAACAUCAACAACGAUUUGUUAUCCGGGAAGAUAAUGAAUUUUUUUAUGGUCUUGGAUUUAGCAAAAGCCACAACCUGUCGGUUAGCAAGAAGCUUAAUAAAAGUGUAAGAUAGUCCCAGAUUUCUAAGUAGAAGUUUAAUUUUUGCAAACAUACAGCUCGAAGACAUAAGUGACGCAAAUCCCUUUUAGAAUUAGAAUUUAGAAUAGAUUUGAGGAUAUUUACAUCGCUUUUACAUUUGAAAUGAGUCCAGACGGGGAUGGUGUUGACUUUGUUGAAAAUAUCAUUAAAUUUCUGUUACAACCUUGUGUAACUGCUAGAGACUUAGAAGUGAAUGUUGAAAAGUCUGUAUUUUUUGAUUAUGUAAUCUGAAAAAUUACAUAAAGUGGAGUAGGCAUAUUCUAUUUUCGAUCGGACUAAGGGACUUGUGCACUUUUAAAGCUUUCUGUGGGGAAAGUGUACUUUGCCAUGAGUUUGCCAACAUUUCUUCAAAACUGACAGUUCUCAGAUUUGCAUUAACAAUCCUGCCAAGGAAUUUGAAAGUUGACGCUUGAUUAACCCUAGUACCAUUAAUGGAGUUAUUAAUAACUUUCUUAGAUUUGUUCCGGUUGAAAACCUUGUUAAGUCAGCGCAAGCUUCACAGAGAAGACUGGCCUUGUUAGCAAGGCUGCAAACUGCCUCGUCGAGAAAAAAUCCUGCCGACACAAGUAAAAAAUCGUCCACGUAUUGAAAUAUAUGGGUUCUGUUAUCCUGCAGCCGAUGCAGACUAGGAGUGUAUAGGUUGAAAAGAAUGAGGCUCAGCUGCCACGUGGCAGAUCUCCAAGGACUUCAACCGGAUCCGAGCCCAUAACUAGACCGUGAGAUGAGACGAAGUUUAAGAUCUAGAGUCUAAGGUAUUGUGGAAUUG